CUGGCCACGACCGAUUACUCGUUCCAUUUCGCAUUUUAUAACACUGCACGCAGGUUGCCCCCACCAAAAAAUCCAGUUUCCAUUGUGUCAAAAAAUCAAGCAGUUGGCAGGUUUCGGCUGAACAUAAAUCUAUACACCUCUCUCUCUCUCUCUCUCUCUGUAAACACACCUCUUCUCUCUCUAGCUGGUUGAGAUAUGUAUAGAACCCUGUUCUGAUGCCACGACCAGCGACCCCCUCUCACUGCCACUCUCAGGGAGAGAAGACUGCCGUCCUCUCUUAAAUCCACACCGGACCGGCAAUUUGCUUCAUCAUUAUCAUCAUCUAAACCCGACAGCCACCCGACUUCGAUGACGAGAGAUACCACGCCUCGCUCCAAUUCCACCUCCACGAACCAUACGCCUCUCUCCACACCCACUGCAUCCGUGGCUGGCACCACCACCAUCAACCUCAAGCGAGAGUUCGCACUUGCCACCCAGACCAGCUCCUACCAUGACAUAUGGACAAAGAUACAUUCCGCCACCCACGUUGCGACCCCCUCUGAGCUCCUCCAGCCAGGCCGCGACGCCAUCAACGAGGCCCUGCACAACACCAAGCCCUUAUCCUCCUCCAUGGCCACCCUUGCCUCCCACUACUUUCGCGUCACUGAAGAAGCCUUCUCCCUCUGCCUUUCCCUCCAGUCCUCGGCCACCUGCACUGCCCUGCUCUACGCUCCCCUCCGCCAACUCCUCGACAUUUUGCCUCAUCCUGCUCUUGACAACAACAGCAUUAACCUCUCUCCCCCACAACUCAUAUUCGCCAAUUGCCAAUUCCUCGCCUUCCGUGAAUCAUUCGAGAACCCAUUCCCGCACCCUGGGACCAAGCCCUUCUCCUGCCUCUGUCAGCAUUUCUCCGACCUACGUCGUGACCUCGACCGUGACCUACGCAGGGCACGCCGCAAGCUCAGCCUCAUCCACCGAACUACCCGAACCUCUGCCCUCUGCCUCAUUGGCAUCACCUUGGCGGUCACGGCAGCCGCCGUCGUGCUCUUCACUCACGUAAUUGGAGGUGCCGCAUUGACGGCUGCUGCUGCAUCCACAGGACCGUCUUGCUUCUCUCGACGGUCAGCCAGCUUUGCAAAUAGAUCGUUCUGGACGGUGAGGCGGAACGUGGCCCAGCUCGACACUGCCGCCAAAGGGGUCUACGUCCUCAGCUACGACCUCCACACCAUAGAGAGGUUGGUGAUAGGGGUUUAUGAGACUGUGGAAGGCGACAGGACGCUCGUCAGAAUGGGGGUGGAGAGGGGGGAGCACUCUUCCAUGGUGAUUGGAGAGGUGGUGAGGCGGCUGAGGAGGAGCCAGCGCAAGCUAACACAGCAGCUGAGGGACCUGGAGGAGCACCUCUGCCUCUUCAUGGCCACCCUCAAUAGGGCAAGGUCCUCACUCUGUGACUUGGUGAAUUCAUGCGCACUAAAAUCUUCUGGAUUACAGUAUCAACAUUGUCAUAUUUGGGACACGUGACAUGUGCUAUCCAGGUGAAACUACCUUUCAUAAAAUGCAGCAAACAGUAUCAACAUAACUGACUAUCAACCAUAGGUUGAUUCAAGAAA